UGCUAGGAAUAGCCCUUGCAUACUUGGGAACUGCAGUUCGUUAUCGGAGUUUCAGUGGAGGUGCAGUAGUGGUUGCCAUGACAGCAUAGUUGGCAAACUCCCUGUUGCCAUCAGUUAUUGGCAAUAGGCAAGUACACAUUAAAACGCAUAGCCUAUGCUCUGGUCAUCUUCAUGCUGUCUUUCGGGUGUUUUGGAAUAAUAGAACCGCAGUGACACCGAGCGUUUUCUGGAAUGCCGCAUAAUUUUGCUGAUAGGACGGGACGAGGAACCUUGUUACAAGUAGCUAACGCCGGAACACCUUUUCAUCUUUCGUUCUUGUAGCCUAGUCUUUCCUGUCUCUAUACUGUGUUGCCAGGACAGUAUCGGAAAGGGGAAAGCCAUGCAGUAGCCUAAGCUAAAGGCUAUGGGAGUGACACUGCUCGUAACCAAUCCUACACAUAUCCACAGUGUUGAUUAAAACUAUACAAUGGGUACAUCUGGAACUGAUGCAGCCGCAUUUUCAGGAGAAGAGGAAGAAGAGGAUGAAUACUAUGAAUUUGAGCAUCUGCCUCCACUUUUUGAAGAUGAGGAGAACGUGUCCCUGGCAGAUAUCCUGUCCAUGCGGGACUCCUGUCUGACGGAGCCGGAGGUGUGGGCGGUGUGUGUGGAGUGCAUUGUAGCCCUACAGAGCAUCACUGCGUCAACCCUCUUUCAUACACUGUGCAUCACGCCUGACACGCUGGCCUUCAACGCCCAUGGCAACGUGUGUUUUAUGGAACAGCUGAGCGAUGAUCCUGAGGGCUCCUUUAUUCCUCCAGAGUUUGACAUGACUGGUGGCACCAUUGAGGGUCACAUAUUCUCUCUGGGCUCCACCCUCUCUGCGGCCCUUGACUUUGUCAUUGAGCCAGAGCUGGAGGCAGAGCUGGGGGAGGACAUUCAGAGACUGCUGGGGCAGAUGCAGGAGGGGAACCCUGAAGACAGGCCAUUCCCCCAGGAAAUCCUCUCUCUUGCAGAAGACCGGCUAGUACAUGUCUCUUCCACAGACCUGUGCCGGAAACUCUCAUCUACAGGAAGAAGAGUCCUGUCAGUAGAGUCCAUUGCAACCCUUCAAGAUGGAUGGACGGGCUCUUGGGAGGCCCGUUGGCAGAAGUCCAAACCCAACUGGCAGCUCCACAAGAGCAUCAGCUCAGAGGACAGCAGUUCUAAAGACCAGGGCAUCGUCUCAGAUGCCAUGGCUGGGAUCCCAGAACCAAACUGCUCCAGUGGCCCGCUCCAGCAUCACAUUUGCGGGGCCUGGGACUCCACCCUCUUAGCCGACGGUAUGGGGGAUGUAGAAGAAGAUGGAUGUGUCAAACACUGGGAUAUGCUCGGUUCUCUGUUGGACAGCAGGUCUCAGAACAGUUCCCCUGUAUCCAGGAGGACUCUGGAGAGGGCGAGGGGUGUUCUCAAGCAUUCCUGCUCCGUACCAGAAUCCAGUAACCCCCCUGUGUUCCCGCCCCCGCCCCACGGGGACAUCAGCGUGAACGUGUCGGACCUCACAGCGAUUGGAAUGGAUGAGGGCGUGGAGCCCGGUGCUAUUUGGAGUAAGAGAGGGGGUGGAGUGAAAGGCCCGUACGAGGGCAAAGGGUCAGAGCAAUGGGACAGUGGCGGGGACAGUGGUGGGGACAGUGGGGGAGACAGUGGGGGAGACAGUGGGGGAGACAGUGGGGGAGACAGAGUUGGAGGACAACAUUCAGACAAUCGACAUAGGACACACGAGGAUCCCUCUCUGUCCCAAAUAGCUCAGGACUCGGAAAUGUUGGCUGAUUGCGCUUGCGUCCCAACAUCAACCUCAAACCUUUACGCUCCCAAUAAUCACAUGACUAAAAGCAUGCUGUGCCUCAAUGAAGAAUCUCAGGAUGAGUGGAUCUCUCUGAGGGAUCUACUGACACGGAGUGGGCGAAGACUAUGUGUGAAUGAGCUGUGGGCCCUGUGUCAUACCUGCCUCUCCACGCUGCAGACCUACAUUGACUACCCAGCAUACUUAUGCCUGGACACAAUGUAUGUGGGUUGUGAGGGAGAAGUUCUCUUCUUGAAUCCCAAAAACACAGGAUGCUGCGACGCAUUUUAUCUAGCGCCUGAAUUCCAGGAGCAUGGGAUCGUUACUGAAAAGGCCUGUGUUUAUGGGGUAGCCGCUGUCCUGUGGGCCACGGCUAAGUUCAACCUGUCAGCCAAUCAGAAGUUGGCUAUGCCCAGGAAGUUGAAGAGGCUGCUGCUGGAGAUGGCCAAAAGAACACCCAUCGAAAGACCUUCAAUCCUCCUGGCCAAAAAGUGCUGUCGGGAUUAUCUAUCACGCCAAGGAACAAACGCUGAGAGAGUGUGGACCAAACUGAUCAACAGAGUCCACCCGCCAAUCAUAAAGGACGUUGAUACAGAGGAUCAGAAUGGACUGGACAGGAGAGGAUGUUCAAAUCAGCAGUCAACACAUAUCAAGAGUGGUACAAUCAUAGGAUUUGUUCCCAUGGCCACUGAGAGCCGAUUGGUUCCUGUACCUGGCCCUGUUCCCUAUAGCUAUCCAAUCAGUCGAGCACCUCACCUCCCAGAGGCCUUCACCUCCCCUGCCACUCACUUCACCCCCAUCGUCCUGACCAAGGACGUGGACACUGAUGUGGAAACACCCCUUCCUUCUUUAGAUGUUGAGGGGACAUUAAGGAAAACUCCAAGAGGCAGUAACAUCCAACCUUUUCAAAAAGCCAAUAACCCAGAAACCUCCUCGCACCUCCAGGACUCACACCUUUCUAAGUCGUAUAGAGACCUACAGGAAUACAGACGACACACUCCUGACAAUCUAAGCAGCAUGGUCUCAAGGAACUCCUCCCCCGCCUCUAGCUGCAAGACAUUGGUUAAGUCUACACCUCCUGACUCCCCCGAACUGACCAACCCAAGGACUCCAGUUCCAGAGCAAUCAUUUCCUCCUCUGACCUCCCAUUUCCCCUUGUCUUUCUGUUGCCAAUCGUCUUCUGUCUCUCGUCGGACUGGUGACCAGAUUUUCAACAACUUCCUCCUGCGCCAAGAUCCGCAGACGGGCCACUUUACUCUGGUGCCAGUAAAUAUAACAGCGCCUAUGUCCUCUCCCAGACCAGAGUUCAACGCCCCCCUGACCACCAACUUCCUCCGGGAUCAACCAGAUGGCCCCCCUGACCAACUGACCCCUGGCCAGGGAGAGGAACCUCUGUUGGAUUGCGGUAACGGCAGACUCUCAGACUCCGCGGUGUCCGUUUCCCAUCCCUGCAAUGGAGAAGGACGUCCAAGUCCAGGCGAAUGUGAGGCUGAACCCACAUGGGUGUCCGGUGGACCUCCUCCGCAGUGCUCACCCUGGAUCAACGGUCACCUACAGGAGGUUAUUGGCCUGCUCAGGGCAGAGUUUGCUUUUGAUGGAUAUCUGGAGAAUGGUGUGGAGGAUUUACAGAUGGGGGAGUAUAUCUUGUCUCUAAAGGACCUACAGUACCAGACGUUCUGUAAUGUUGUCAAAGAGAAGUUCUGUGACCUUUACUGGGAGAAGGACUUAUUGAGAGUGCUACACUGUGUUGUCAACCACAGCCAAAUGCCUCUAGGCUCUAGUGAACCGUCAUCAUCAAAGCCUUGGCAAAGGGCACCUCUGAGUGCUGCUGCCUGGAGAGGGGAGGAGAGGGAUGUGCCUGGGCAUGAUCAUGCCGACCUGAACCAACACCUGCUCCACAGUGAACCUGUAGCUUCAGACCCAUUGAAGACUUUUGAGAGAGACAAGAGGGCCCUGUCUGCUCAGGGAAAGACAGAGGGAACACCUGAAAAUAGAGACAUCCAAUCAGAGGAAGGUCAAUAUCAAUGUCCAGGAUUAAGAGCGGCUGAGUGUUCGGUCAAGGGGGGCAUGGAGUGUGACGAACAUCCAGUGGGGGGCAGCGAUGAAAGCCCCUCUGAAGUUUACUGUCUGUGGGGGGCGGACGAGCCUCUGAGGGGCCAGAUGAGCCCUGACCUCACCGAGGAGAUGGAGGACACAGACUCUCUGGUGUCUGAGCAUCUCCUCUCCCCCAGCUCCGGAACGGACGAGUCUGGCCACGGUCUCAGCCCAGCCUGGGCCCUGGCCUUCUAUGGUGAGGCCUGUUUCAGUCAGGAUGUGGUGGAGUAUGCUAUGAACCUGGGACACCACUGUGAGUCUCCGUGCCUGGAGCUGAAAGCACAAGAACUUCAACAGCAGAUCACCAUCGAGAUGAAGAAUCUGAAAAAGACCAGGAAUUUCUAUCAAAAGCUGUUCCAUCUAGAGAGGAAAAACAAAGUUUCAGAAACUAGACUGAUGCUGUCCAAACUCAAGGUUCAGGUGGAGGAAAUGAGGUCCAAAGUGGAGUUCCUAGUCUCUGUGAAGAAAUAUCUUGAGGUUCUGAGUGUGGAUCAGUGGGGUGUGGAUGUGUCCCUCCUCCCCUCCCUGGCAGCCUCUGGUCCAGGGACCCCUCUGGAUCUCCAGGCUUCAGAGGAGCCUACAAUGCUGGGAUUGGUGUCUAUGUCUUUGGCAGGGAGUGGAAAAAGCAGCCUGCAGGCCGCCACACCCCUGGGUCUUAUGGCCUACCUCUAUGCCAGAAAUGCUGCCUUGGAGGGCUACAUCCAGCAGUUCCUGUACACAUACCGCUAUUUCUGCACCCCUCAGGAUCUCCUGCAGUUCCUGAUGGACAAAUUGACCAGUGCAGCAGCUGGUGUAGCUCUGUCCGGGGACAGGGCUAAGGUGUACCACCGGAGUCUGGAUGUUCUGCAAACAUGGCUGACAGACUGCAGGCUGGUGGACUUCUGUUCCAAGUCCACCCUGCUGACAACACUGGAACAUUUCCUCAUGACUGAAGUGUCUCCUGUAGACAGCAGGGGAGAGAGGCUUCUAGCCACUCUUCAGAGCUCUCCCAGAAAGAGGUGGAGCCAAGGCUAUGGGGGCCCAAUCAGCAUGCUGGAUGAUAAGGAUGCACUUCCAGUUCCUACCUUAGGCAGAAUGUCAUCUAUAGAGGACUCUGGAAGGAAGACUUUCCAGUGGAAGAUCUCCAGGAUUGUGGAGCCCAAGUCGACCCAGCCCAAAGACACGGUCUGUUCCAUAGCAGCAGUCCUGCCACGGCCAUGCUACACCUCCCUCAUGAACGACAUCUCCACCGGCUGCCUCCGAAGCGAGGAGAGACACCACUUUAGUCACAGCGAACACGGCGCCCAACACACGGCACGUCAACUCACGCUACUACAACAGGAAAUGUUUCAAGGCUGUCGCCCAAUUCAUUUUCUCAACUCUAGAGCUCAAGGAGUCAGGGACAAUGCUGUUAAUGUCACCAAACAAGUGGCCCACUCUUUACCUCCAGCAGAGGGCAGCAAUCUCUUUGUUAAUGAGGGGGUGUCACCAGAUGGCCACCUCCAACAGCUGCUGAGAUAUGCAGACACCUUCUCCAACUGGGUCUCUGCUGAAAUCGUCACUUGUGAUUCAGUAAAGACACAAGCUGCUUUGCUCACCAAGUUUCUGUUAAUUGGCAAACACUGCUAUGAAUGGAGAGACUUUGCUACAGCCAUGCAGAUCCUUGGAGGCCUGGAGAAUGUGAUAGUCAGACAGUUACCUGCUUGGAAACAUCUGUCUACCAAGGUAUGUGAAGUCCGGGAGGAACUGCGAGCUGUGCAGGUCUUUCUAAAGAGUGAUAACCUGUGUCUGAUGGGAGGAGAGCGUGUGAAGAAAAGGCCCACCCUCCCCUCUGCCCACAUCCUGGCCAUACACAUUCAACAGCUGGAGUUAGGAUCCUUCACUCUGACCAGCGGCGCCUACAAGUGGCCAAAGCUCAGGACCAUUGCGAAGGUUGUGAGUCAGGUGGAUGCGUUCCAGAGGGCGGUGUACCCCUUCACUCCAGACCUGGUGCUCCAGGCCUACCUCAGGCAGCGCAUGGCACAACUUGGCGCCUGCGAUGUCCCCUUGCUGGCUGCCGAAAAUGAGGCUAACUUCCACCACACCACCACUGACCGCCACACCCGCCGUCUACAGGACACACUGAGAAGAAUGAAGGCCACCUUCCAGUGAAUGGUGACUGAUGGAUCAGUAUGGACUUUUAGAUCAUAAUUACUUAUGAGGGGGAUCUGUUUGUAGGUCAGUACUCCUCUGAGAUAUCCUUGUCAGACAACUUCUCAGCAGACCCCAAACCUGUUUCAUUUUGUAGCAGUAUAUGGGGUUUGGGAAUUUGUUAAUUUUCCUUUAUUGGUAAUGACAUUAAGACACAUUGAUGACAAUCCCUACUGUGUUUUGAUUAAAUGACCAGCAUGAAGGCAUAUAAGGUUUAGACCACAACUGUCAUUUGGCCGUUAGCCAAUGGACUCAACCCUUGAUUUUUUACCUCAUAUCCCAACAACCCAUUGGACAAUUCCAACUCCAUGAUUUGGAGUGGAUGACAAAGUCAUUUGAAACAUCUUUGUAAAUUUUGCAAUUAGGAUAAUAUCAAGAGAAAAUACUAUUUUAGAACCCUUCUGAUAAAUGUUAAUAUAUGCUCACAUUUCUUAUGUACACAGUUUGUAUGCUAGUUUCUAACACACCCUUAUAAUGUUAACUUGCAUGAAUGUUUGAUUACUUAAUUCACUGUCAUUAAGUAUUAUAGCUCAGUGAGAUUUGAAAAAUCAUUUUGAAACAACCACAGAUAGCUAAUGACUGUGAUCAGUUAUCCAGAGCAUGAUUAAAAUACAUUGCCAAUGGCUACUUGACAUGAUAAUUACAGCAAUUUGAGAGAUUAUUUUUUUUUUUGAAUUGAUAGUACAUUUUCAUAGAUACAUAUGCCUAAAUAAUUGCUAGCUGUUCCAGUGUAUAGGAAGCAGAAUAUACAGUAGGCUACAAAUAGUUGCAUAGGCAUAUGCACUUGCAAAGGAGAAGUGAUGUGUGGUAAAACCAUGAUUAAAGAACAGAUUCCAAUCAUCAGAGAUUAUAAGGUAGCUUACUUGAACAAUUUUAAAUUACUGAAUGUUCUACUUAUUUUAGUAUGAUCAUGACAAUACUUAUUUUUGUGUUAAGGUUUUCUUACUGAAGAUUAUUAUGUUUUAGGCUUUGUAAUCAUAAUCAUUAAUCAAGCAGGUUACAGCAUAACAUGCUCAGAAUGUGUAGCAAACAUUCUAUUAAAAUAUGUAUUACAUUU